UCCAUCGUUAAACGUCUCUCCCCUUGUACUCACGAAAAUGGGGAAACCAUCCCAAUCUGUCCUUCUGCUCCUCGCGGCGGCCCUCCUCUUCCCGCUCGCCCGCUCCGACGCCGCCAGCCCUAUCGACGCCACGUACGACGAGCUCCGCAGCCGUGGCUUCCCGCACGGCCUGCUCCGGGCCCACGUCACGCUCGACGCUGGUUCGGGGGACUUCGCCGUAGAUCUCGUCUCCUCCGGCUGCCGCAUCGUUCUGCCUGCAUACUUCUGCCUGACACGGAGGCCCGUGGCCGUGGGGUUCGACCGGUCGCUGCACCACGACGAGUUCAUGGGCUCGCUGCUCCACGCACUCUCCGGGCACGUCGAGGAGCUGCUCGGCCGCGUCGUCGUCGACCCGGCCGCGACGUGCCUUGUCGCUGACCCCUUCUUCGUGUGGCCGGUGACGCUGGCCACGAAGUUGGGCAUCGCGUACGUGACGGAGCCCGCGCUCAUCUUCAACCUCUACUACCACGUCCACCUGCUCAGCAAGAACGGACACUUCGGAUGCAACGAACCUACAACUACAGUGAACAGCGGUGCGGGGACAUCUACUGCGGGGAGCUCUGAGCGCACGGAAGACGUGUUCCACCAGCCAGCAGACUGUCAUGCCGCAAACAAUUUCGAGUCAGAGUCGGGAAUGGCAAUCAUUCCAGCAAUGCCGACGAGCACCCCUUUGAACACAAGCACUAGCAACACUCGAGUAGAUGGAACUGCCGCCGAUACUGAAGCGAAUGAUGAAACUGACGACGACGCACAAGAGGAUGAAGAUGGUGGGCAAUCCGAGAUCGUGGUACCUCAGCCACCAUACAUUGGGCAGAGAUUUGGAUCGUUCGCAGAAGCAAAGGAAUACUACCAGGCAUACGCAAAGUUCCAUGGAUUUGCGGUCAACACCGAGUACCAUAGGAAAAUUAAGAAAACUAAUGAGUACAACAGAGGUGAAAUGAGGUGCCACAAGGCACGGAGGAACAAGAAGGGGAAAGGUGUUGCGCCUGUCGUUCUGGAACGAAAGAGAGGCAUCAUUCUCAAGACGGGGUGCCCUGUCCGGUGUAAGCUAAACGUAGAUGGAGCAACAUGGGUGGUCAAUGAGUAUUUUGACGAGCACAACCACAAACUCAUAAAGAAGUUCGACCUGGUGAAAUUUCUGACCGCCCACAGAGGGUUCACCCCCGUCGAAAGGAAAUUCGUAAAGCUGCUACAUGAUUGUAACGUCGGUCCAUCAAGAAUGGUACAGAUACUAUCUCUCAUCCACAGCAAAAAGGGGACUCUGAGUAGCAUGCCGUACAUACCAGCUGACGUCACAAACCUACAGGCCAAGUACCAUAGAGAGAGCAAGUUGGCAGACAUAGAGGCCACAAUAGCCUACUUCGAUGUGAAAGCAAAGGAAGAUCCAGAUUUCUUCUACAGGAUAAGGUUGGACGAUGAGGACCGUGUCAGGAACAUGUAUUGGGUGGAUGGUGCUGCAAGGAGAGCCUACAAACAUUUCUGAGAUUGCAUUUCAUUCGACGCGACGUACCUCACCAAUAUGUACAAGAUGCCAUGCGCUCCGUUCAUAGGAAUAAAUAACAACAAUCAGUCGUUGCAGUUCGGAUGCGGCCUCGUCCGGAAUGAAGACACAGAUGGGUACGUUUGGCUGUUCAAGACCUUCUUGGAGUGCAUGGAUGGACUUGCUCUGAUGAACA